AUGGGGGAGGAGGGAGUGGAAUACCUCCUCGCCAAGGAAGGUACCCCGGCUAGCGCCAACAGUUGGGUGCCAGAUUAUGCUCUGGAGGAAUCUUGGCUCAAGGACGAGUUCCAUGCACUUUUCCCACACAGGCCCAUGCCAGCCGAGUAUUUCGACGACUGGCUUUUCACACCCACAUUUUCAGCUAGCACAUUCCAGGGGUUCACCUCGGACGAGGAACCGGCACUAGAAGCACGUUCCCCGGAGGGAUCACCCUCGGGGUCUGCCUCAGACCGUUCCUAUUGGUGGGACAAUCAACCAGAGGAGCAGUGGCGCAGGAAGUGGUUGGGGGGUCCUUGGCAGGCAACGUCCCCGGAGGAGACCGGGGAGAGACGGACAUGGACGUGUUGGGGGAGGACCUUGGGUUCGAGCACGGCGGCAAAGAGAUGGAAGCAGAGGAAAUUGAGGUCGGCGAGAGCACGGAGGACGAGCCGGACUUAUCCGGCUGGAUGCACGCCACGGGGGGACGAACUGUAUCCGGCACUCACCCCCACAACGACGGAGCACCCAGUACCCACACCUGAAGGAGGGGAGGGGGGACGGGGGGGCUUCGAGGGGGGGAUGGAUGUCAGGGGUUCAGGAGCAGAGGCACAGGAAAGGGAGGAAAUAGAGAGCGAGGGGGAGGAGUCCGAAGGAAAUGUUAGCGAUGACAGCGGUCCGAGGUCUCUGAGUCUUUCCAGCGAAUCGGAAGAUUCACAGAAAGGGGCUCCCUUGGUCAGAGCAAGGGGGUGCCGAGGGGGACACCCCAGGAAGAAGGGGCCAGAGGGGACUCAGAGAGCAGCAGUUGGAAAUCAGGACCAGCGUCCACACCAGAGUGCAGUAGGGGGGAGGAGUCCCAGGCAUCGGGAUCAGGCGGCGCACUGCCAGUGGGAGGACAUGAGUCAGGAUUGGCCACGCCUCCAUCGGGGAGCGAGGAAACGGUCGAGAGGAAGGUUGAAGGCUGGGCGCGCGCGCCAAGUUCAAAUGUACAGGAGGGCGGCGCAGUUGGCAGCCCGGAUAGGGAGCCAGGUCCCAAAGCCCGCCGAAAAGAGGGGGAGGAGUCAGGGGGUGUCAGCGUCAGAAGAAUCCAGGAAGGAAGGGACCCCGGGGGGUAGCAGGACCCAGAGGAGAAAGGAGAGACGCAAGAGGUGGAGUAAGGCUAGAAUCUUAAACUGGUGUACAGGGGCGGAGACUCAGAUGGAGCUUCGCCGAUCUAACCCCUAG